AUGCCUCGAGGAACCAGGAGACACAGACUUCCACGAUCCCGAGGUACAAAUAUCACACCAAGGAAACAACGUGAAAUUGAGAGUGAUGAGUACAAGCUCUUUACGUAUCAGAAGACCUGUUUCAAGUGCGUCGCGCUUGUCCAGCUGUCCGAUCUAUCCAUUGGGUGUGAUGCGGGUCGACUUAUUGAUGAUCAGCAGAAUGUGGUGCGUCUGAAACGGACUUUGAGAUCCCAAGGAUGCUACCGUCUGAGCAACGCUUUCCAUGUGCCCGUUGUGAUCGAUGUGGCGGACUGGGAUGCUGGACGAGUCUGGCUCCAGCAAUCAACGCUGGGUCCCGCCCAGUCGCUUCGCCUUCGCCAACUACGUAAAAGCCCGGACUAUACACUGCUAGCUCUGGAUCAAGAGAGUCUUAUCACGGCCGCCCGAGCGAGAUUUCGGGAGCUAGGAGAAGAAAAUCCGUGGUGGAUAGUGGAUGUGUAUGUGACUGCCUCAGGCCACCCUGAACCUCUCGACGAGGAGCUCAUUCGCUCCCUCCGAGAAAAUUUCCACAAGGAACGGUUUCCCUCCGAUGGGCGCAUUUACCAAAGUAUUCGUGCCUAUCAAGGCGUGACCGGCGGACGUCGUAAUCACAUCGCUGAGAACUUUUGGUGGGCGGUCUUACAGAGCGAGCCUGGCGGCCGAAAAGCCGACUACCUACGCGCACUUCCUCAACCCCUGGCGGAUGCGUUCGAUGCACUUCUGCCCAUAAAGGGCCUCUGGGCGGACAUGAGCAUUGGCGUCUUGCAUAAGCUGAGAGCUAUGAGAUGUAACGAGGUGACGCCACCCGACCCUACCCAACCAAUCAUUUGUUACCUGAAAUAUAUUGAACGCGUUUUCUAUGACUUGGUAGGAGGACAGGUGAAUCUUCUUUUCCAAAUCGAUGCGGUAACAGUUCGCCUAUUGCAGUCCCGAGCGCCCGGAGUCUCUGCGCGGGACCUGAGCUUUCUCCAACAGAAGCAAACGAGGCUAUUCAAACACAUCGAUUCCCAACGGGAGCGCGAUGCGAUCUGGCAGAGAAUGGAGCGGAUCCAGCUCCCCAUCCCGACGCUGAAGACCUUCUUCCAAGAUAUACUCUUCCUCGACGUUGGGCAAAGCGUAAUGCGCCAACUCUGCCGUAACCCCUUGACAGCGGGGCGGUCGAUCGACGAAGCUCUGGAGGAACAAUACAUUGUAGACUCGGGUGGGUCCAGGCCUGAUCAGUCAACAAUUCCUGGGAAUCAGUUUCGGUCCGGGCUCUGGGAUCUUUGGCGCUUUAGCCUCCAGUUUGCUUUCGAGAUGACGACGCAGAAGGAUCAUCAUCGCCGCGUGCCUCGGAAAAUGGAGGAUAUCGAACGCGCACAAGAAUUGGGUCUCCAUGAAAUACACCUUGCAGGGAUCGCUCCCUCACUCCGGCUCCACUUGUUCAGGCUAGCCCGUUCCUACGGGAUUCAUUCUCCGGUAUCCGCCGACAGCCCGGAGACAGCCCCACUCGACAUUCCGUUACCGGUGCCAUCCGAUUUCCCCCCAGAGCAGGACAAAGAUCUAGAUUUAGAACGGCGAUGUGGUAAGCCUUUCACCGACUCCAUCGAGGCCGACCGCUAUGCGCUCUCUCUUGAGUCGCUCUCACAGCCCACUACCGGAACACGUGUCAGUGCGGUGUCAGUGCGACAGUCCAUAUUCAGUGCCUUUUUCAGAUAUCUACUGCCACAGGAGACUGCCAGUCAGGAUGGCAGCCGAUCUGGACGGGAAUACGAUGCCCGUGUGACUGCGGGAUCUGGAUCGUUGAACCUGGCACCCGAACCCCACGAAAUUGUGCAUCCGUCUCCCGUUCGCCCGCCUAGGACGGCAGCGAACCCUGAGCUCCUGCAGCCGAGCUCCAACCCGAACUUGGUUGGCCCUUUCCCUCAUUUGGAGCAGUCGCAUUCCGUUCGGAUUACGCACUUCAGAUUCGAGAUUAUAAUCUUCCAGACCAUGCGGGUUAUUUUGCUUCCAUACAAUCGAGACGCCCUUAACGCAUUUUUCGAACAACUGAAUGAAUAUGAGUUUCACUUCUACUUUUCUCCGGAUGAGGAGGGCUAUCUAUUACGCCAAGAAGAUAGAACAAUCCCUUACCUGGAAUGUUAUCCUCUUUACAUUAACUUUCCAUUCUCGACAUUGCGCGCCGUUUAUUGCCAAGGAUGUCCUAUUCACCCGGUCCAUUCGCUUGGGUAUAUAAUGGGUGGGCAAGCAACUAGCAGGGAAGAGAUGGCCGACGUAGUGAGAACCUUGGUUCAGACAGCGAUCGGGCUCGUUCUGGAUGCUCCAGCAGGGACUUUUGACUACAACGGUUUUUGA